AAAAAGAAAAAAAUCACCCGCUCGUGUCUUAUGGCCAGACUAAAAAAUCGAUUGUUUAAUAAAUAACAAUUUAAAAUUAAUGACAGUCAUUUUUAUAAUUAAUAAUUAAGAAAUAAAUUAAUUGUCUAGUCAAUUAAACAAAUGUAAAUUUAAUUAAAUUAUUUAUUAUUCCGAAAAAUAUUUUUUAUUCCGACUUUUUGUAAAUUUAAAAUAAGUAAAAAAAUGACAUGGAACAGUGAUGGCUAAAUAAGAAGUUUUUUUAUAAAUUUAAAUUUUUUGAUAAAAAUAUUCUGUUAAUUUAAAUAUUUUAUAACAAUUUAUAUAUUUAAUAUGGUUCUACGUCAUGGCUGCAGUUUUUUAUCUAAAAAAUUAAGUAAAACAGUUCGUAAUUUUGCAAGACAACAUGCCCCGGUACCAAAGCUCACUCCGCAAGAGGUGACAAAAAUUCUACAAACAAAUGAAUUUACAAAAGAAUUCAAUGAUAAUUCAUCAGUUAAAUCAUAUGACACCAAUCAAUUAGCAUCCAAUAAUCCUAUUGAGGACAUGAGAUCAGAAGCCAGAUGUAAAUUAACGAAUGGAUUUUUAUUUGGAAUUUUCGACGGCCAUGGAGGGAACGAGUGUUCACAAGUUAUAUCAAAGCGGUUAUUUUAUUAUAUCGCUGCGUGCUUAUUGCCUACGGAGACACUGAAAGAUGUCAUUGAUACCAAAAAAUCUCCAGUGGAAUUUAAAAAGCAUCUACUGGAUACAUUUAAUGAUAAUGCGGAAUUUGUAACAGAGUUAGGGAAACUGUACAACAAAAGUUACUUAUCUUUUAUUGAGGAAUUGACUAAAUUAAAUAAGUCUGAUUUUGAAAUAGAGUUAGCUUUAGAGCAUGCGUUUUUGCGCUUAGAUCAGGAUUUAUCAGCAGAGGCUUUUGAGAAAUUGGAUCGGAGAGAAAUGGCGAGGACACUGUCAGUCGCUAUGUCUGGAUCUGUUGCUAUUGUUGCUCAUAUUGAUGGUCCUCAUCUUCAUGUCGCCAAUGUUGGGGAUUGUCAAGCUGUUCUUGGUGUUCAUACUGAGAAUGAAGGCUGGUCAGCACAACUGAUGAGUAGAGAACACAAUGUAGAUAAUUCUGAAGAAGUUAAAAGAAUAUUAUCAGAGCAUCCUGAAAGUGAAAAAAAUACGGUAAUAAAAAUGGAGAGACUACUAGGUCAAUUAGCACCACUGCGUGCACUUGGUGACUUCCGCUACAAAUGGACCCGUGAUAUUAUGAACAAAAUAGUUGUCCCAUACUUCGGAGAGACGGCAAUCCCGCCAAAUUAUCACACGCCGCCUUACUUGACUGCCAAACCUCAAACUAGCUACCACAAGCUGACGCCAAAAAACAAAUUUUUAAUCCUUGCCAGCGACGGACUCUGGGACUUAAUGACACCACUAGAAGCUGUACAUCUCGUUGGUGAACAUAUGACAGACAAAGUUGCCACGAUUCCACUUCCGCUAUCAACGAACAAUCUUAAACUUUCUCAGAUCAAUGAAAUUCUCAUACAGCGCAAAGAAAGUUUUAAAAAAAAACCUUUAGAUGAUAACGCCGCGACUCAUUUAUUGAGGAACGCACUCGGUGGUACUGAGUACGGUAUCGAUCACUUAAGAUUAUCGAAAUUCUUGACAUUACCCAAUGAAGUCGUACGUAUAUUUAGAGAUGACAUUACUAUUACUGUCGUUUACAUCAACUCGGAAUUUUUAUAAAACUAACACUAAUUAUUUAUUUAUUUGCUAA